AAAGGGAGCGACUCGCACACGCACGUCAGAAGUACCCAAGCCGCAGCUACUCCCGCUGCCUCCACUGGGGCCUCUUUUUCCCCUCAUCCCAGCCUGCUUCAGAGCCGCUUCGUCGUCUUUCACCCUAGCCCCGAGUUCCGCCCGCUUCCCCUCGUCCCCCAGAGUUGUCUCGGCCAGGCUGUUCCUUAUCCCGUGUCUUGCAGGCCGCCUCAGGGUGGAGGGAGAUACAAUGAGCUGGAUUCCUAAGCACAUUUUGUUAUGGACUCUCCUGCACAGUACGGCUCACCCGCUGGGACGGGAAACAGCUGAAUAUCGUGAACAUAACUUCUUUAGUGGUGGAUUCAAAAUGGGGAAACUAUGCAAAUUUUGUGAUGUUAGAUUGACAACAUGUACCAACGAAGGUCAUUGUUGCAGUAACUGCAACAUCACUUCUAUUUGUCCAAAGAAAAAUGAAAUCUGUGCAGCUGUUUGGAGAAAGAAUAAUGGGAACAUAACCUUAGAAACAAUAUGCCAUGAUCCUACAAUAGAGCUCCACGGUUACAAAUUGGAUGAUUUCAAUUCGAAGAAAUGCAUGAUGAAAGAGAAGAAAGGAGCUGGAGGACUGUUAUAUAUGUGUUCCUGCAAAGAUGAUGAAUGCAAUGAUGAAAUUAUUUUUUCAGAAAAUACCACCUCAAGUACAGAAGUAAAAUAUGUGAUUGCUUUGGUCGCAGUUAUAUGCCUUGUCCCGUUGCUGGUGAUCGCCAUUGCUGUGAUCAUUAUCUUUUACUUCUACCGUGUUCAGAGGAGGAGGAAACUCAACAAGGCAUGGGAGAAAAAUGUGAAAUCCAGAAAGCACAAAGACUGUAGCGAUGUUUGUGCCAUUAUGCUGGAUGAUGAUCGCUCUGACAUCAGUUCUACUUGUGCUAAUAAUAUUAACCAUAACACCGAAUUGCUGCCUAUUGAAUUGGACACUUUGGUAGGCAAAGGGCGAUUUGCAGAAGUCUAUAAGGCUAAACUGAAACAAAACACAUCAGAACAGUUUGAAACUGUGGCUGUCAAGAUCUUCUCCUAUGAAGAAUAUGCCUCCUGGAAGACUGAGAAAGAUAUCUUUUCUGACAUAAAUCUAAAACAUGAGAACAUCCUACAGUUCCUUACAGCAGAGGAGCGCAAGACAGAUCUAGGCAAACAAUACUGGUUGAUCACUGCUUUCCAUUCAAGAGGCAACUUGCAGGAAUAUCUCAUAAAACACAUCAUUAGUUGGGAGGAUCUCUGGAAACUGGGUGGCUCUUUGGCUCGCGGGAUUGCCCAUCUUCAUAGUGAUCACACACCAUGUGGCCGGCCCAAGACGCCAAUUGUCCACAGAGACUUGAAGAGUUCUAAUAUCCUGGUAAAGAAUGACCUGGCUUGCUGUCUCUGUGACUUUGGAUUAUCCUUAAAGUUGGAUCCUACUCUCUCUGUUGAUGACCUGGCUAAUAGUGGGCAGGUUGGUACAGCAAGAUACAUGGCUCCUGAAGUCCUGGAAUCCAGAAUGAACUUGGAUAAUGUUGAAUCCUUUAAACAGACUGAUGUGUAUUCCAUGGCUUUGGUUCUGUGGGAAAUGACAUCUCGCUGCAAUGGUGUUGGAGAUGUGAAAGACUACGAGCCACCAUUUGGUUCAAAAGUACGAGAACAUCCUUGUGUAGAAAGCAUGAAGGACAAUGUUUUGAGGGACAGAGGACGGCCUGAGAUUCCUAGUUCAUGGCUCAACCAUCAGGGUAUCCAGAAGGUGUGCGAGACUAUUGUUGAGUGUUGGGACCACGAUCCUGAGGCCCGGCUGACGGCACAGUGUGUAGCUGAGAGGUUCAAUGAUUUUGAUUACCAAGAUGGACUCUCGGGAAGAAGCAGCUCAGAAGAGAAGAUCCCUGAAGAAAACUCUGGCAACAGCACCAAGUAACAGCUGGCAAGACCAGAGGAAUUCUCCCUUUUAGGUUCCCUGUGCUCAGCCUUGGAAUAAGAAGGAACCUCUACCAUCGGACCCACCUUCUGUGACUCUCUGAAGAGCUGCUUUUUCUUCCAUCCUGCAGCUCCAGAGAACAAGGAAUGACUUUACGGGGCAACCAUAAUGGGCCACGUGCCAUGGCAUAGUAGUCGCUUCCUUAAGUGUGCCAUAAGAUAAGUUACGUUGGUGCUUCCUGAGAAAAUAGGACUAUAUUAUCAUGCCAAUAACAGUUGCACUUUAUCAAGGUUUGUAUAUAAAACUAUGGAAGAUCAAUGCUAGAUACACAUACACAAAGCUGUACAGAGUCUUCCAGGAAACUUCUAAUAGAUAGAAAAUUGCAAAUGUUUGCUAAAAUACUGGCAGCAGUAUUGCUUUAUUCACCUCACUCAAACCAUAAAAAACUGUAAGUAACUACACUACAAAUGCUUUCAAUUGCUGCACCUUUUUUUUCAGAUGAGGGGCAAAAAAACCAAAUAGCAACUGGAUA